CUUCUAAAUUGCAAUCCAUAUAUCUGCUUCAGAAAGGUCGGGAGUUAUGGAAGGGACUCGAGGGAUGGGCCUCAGGAAUGUGGAUUCACAUUGCUCUCUGUCGGAGCUUGAUGAUUAUGAUCUCUCUCGGCUUCUCGACAGGCCGAGGCUGAACAUCGAGAGGCAGAGAUCCUUCGACGAGAGGUCUCUGAGCGAGCUCUCAAUCGGUCUCAACCGAGGAAGCAUUGACAACUUUGAGACCAUGUACUCACCUGGUGGACGCUCCGUUCUGGACACACCAGCGUCGUCUGCUCGGAACUCUUUCGAGCCUCAUCCAAUGGUGGCCGAAGCCUGGGAAGCUCUCAGACGCUCUAUAGUGUUAUUCAGGGGUCAACCGGUGGGAACGAUCGCCGCUCUUGAUCACUCAGAGGAAGCUCUGAACUAUGACCAGGUGUUCCUGAGAGACUUUGUGCCAAGUGCUCUGGCUUUUCUAAUGAAUGGUGAGCCUGAUAUCGUUAAGAAUUUUCUGUUGAAGACUCUGCAUCUUCAAGGUUGGGAAAAAAAAGUAGACCGUUUCAAGCUUGGGGAAGGUGUAUUGCCGGCUAGUUUCAAAGUGCUUCAUGAUGCUACGAGGAAAAAAGAUACCAUAGUUGCAGAUUUUGGCGAGAGUGCCAUUGGAAGAGUUGCUCCUGUUGACUCUGGAUUCUGGUGGAUUAUUUUGCUUCGUGCCUACACGAAGUCUACUGGGGAUUUAUCUCUGGCAGAAACACCUGAGUGCCAAAGAGGAAUGAGGCUUAUCCUGACUCUGUGUCUGUCAGAGGGAUUUGACACGUUUCCCACCCUGCUUUGUGCAGAUGGGUGUUGUAUGAUUGAUAGAAGAAUGGGAGUUUACGGUUAUCCUAUUGAAAUUCAAGCACUUUUCUUUAUGGCAUUGAGGUGUGCUUUAACGAUGCUGAAACCAGAUAAUGAAGGAAAAGAGUUUAUAGAGAGAAUCGUGGAACGUUUGCAUGCUUUGAGUUUUCACAUGCGGAGUUACUUCUGGCUUGACUUCCAGCAACUUAACAACAUAUAUCGUUAUAAAACAGAAGAGUAUUCUCAUACAGCAGUCAACAAGUUUAAUGUUAUUCCUGAUUCAAUCCCAGAUUGGGUAUUUGAUUUUAUGCCAACCCGUGGUGGAUACUUUAUUGGAAAUGUCAGCCCAGCAAGGAUGGAUUUCCGAUGGUUUGUUUUAGGCAAUUGUGUUGCUAUUCUUUCCUCCCUUGCGACUCCUGAGCAAUCCAUUGCUAUUAUGGAUCUUAUCGAAUCACGUUGGGAGGAACUUGUGGGAGAAAUGCCCCUAAAGAUAUGUUAUCCUACAAUAGAAAACCAUGAAUGGCUAAUCGUAACUGGUUGUGACCCCAAGAAUACCAGAUGGAGUUACCACAAUGGUGGAUCUUGGCCAGUGCUUUUGUGGCUUCUGACGGCUGCUUGCAUCAAGACUGGGCGACCGCAAAUCGCAAGACGGGCAAUUGAUCUUGCUGAGAGCCGGCUGUUGAAAGAUUGCUGGCCGGAGUAUUAUGAUGGUAAGCUUGGGAGGUACAUUGGUAAGCAAGCAAGGAAGUUUCAGACAUGGUCAAUCGCUGGAUAUCUGGUUGCAAAGAUGAUGCUGGAAGACCCUUCACAUUUGGGGAUGAUUUCACUGGAGGAGGAUAAGCAGAUGAAGCCUGUAAUCAAGAGAUCUGCAUCUUGGACUUGCUGAAAGCUCAUAUGAAACACCAAAGGCAAGAAAAGGGGAAAAGUGAGGCCUUGUUAUUUUCUCCCCUUCUUUUUUUAUAUUUAUAACAUGUAUUCUUUGGCAGGUUUUUUUGAUUUUAGGGCUCUGGUUGAUACUCUGGUUUUAUGUACAAUAGUUUCCUGUACCAGACAUCUUGCUUUUCAAAUAAAGUUUUGUUUUAAUGUCUGCGCUUUU